UCUCUCCUCUCAUCACUCUUCUUCCGUCUAAUUACAUACCAAUAGAACGGAGUACCGAGUAUUCAUUCCAAUCCCCUGGCCAGGAUUUUUUAAUGAUGGUUAUCUCUUCCCUAUGACCCUCCAACCAUUAUGCCACCAAUCCGUUUUGGCACCCACGAUCUACUCCAACAUGACCCUAGAUACGGCAUCCUCAUUUGUCGAGAAUGCCAAUACGCGAUUCAGAAAAGUGCACUGAAGAGCCACCUACUUCGACAUAAGAUAUAUCGCGAAGAGAGACAAUCUCUGCUAUCAUCCCUAUCCAAGCUUGAGCUUUUCGAACCUGAUGAUGUGCCUCUUCCGGCCCCGUCCACUCCGCCAAUCAACGCCCUGCCACUCCUCGAUGGCUUUCGUUGUCUUGCGCCUGAGUGUGGGAACUUAUGCGCGAGUUCAAAACGUAUGAGAAGGCAUUGGAGUGAGAGCCACGGUCUGAGUGAGGCAUCUGAUCUUGCGACUCUUGCAAGGUCAGCGAAAAUUCAGACAUUUUUUCGAGGCACAAAGAUUAGAUAUUUUGAGGUUACUCUUCCAACUACACAAUCCUCCACUGUGGCGUCACCUGCACGCAUACAAAAAAGCCCGACCCCGGACAUCAACCAGCAUGAUAUUACCGACGAGAAUAGUGAAAGACAGACUAAGCAGUCGAGUCCACCGCGGCUGUUCCAGGACGAUCAGGUGGCAGACUCCAGGGGUUCAGUAGACCAGGUCAACUUGGACACAUUAACAUACUUUCACCACUUCUUAACUAAGACGAGUCUUGCGCUUCCGAGGGGCUCCACUACUCACUUCUGGCAAACCGAUAUUGUCUCGCAGGCCCUGUGUUGUCGAUGGUUGAUGUGUGGCCUCAUGGCCGUCGCUGCGUACCAUCUUGCGAUCCUCUCGGAGGAUCGCGAUGUCGAGGAAAUGCAUCGCGAAAGGGCUUUUCUCUACCUCGCGGAUUUCAGGAACAGUCGGGAUAGGGCAUUGGAGCGCGAUGUCGAACCGGCUGGAGCUGCUAUGCAGGACCAAUUAUCGCAAGCCAGUGAGAGGAUAUCAUGCCUGAUUCAGUGUAUACACUGGACAGCAAAUGCACUGCCGCACAAUCAAAACAUCCGGCCAAGGUUUGCGACCAUGUCACCUCUUGAAUUCGCGAUGACAGCUAUCCAAUGUCUGAGCCGUUCAAAUCUUGUCAAUGAUUUGGACAACACAAGAACAUACAAUCCUGAUGAUCGCGGGUACUCAUUCGCGCAAGCGAACAGAAUCGUGCAAUCUGUAGCGCCGCCAGAUGCAAGCGAAUCUCCAGAAGAGUCGACUCAAUAUACGAGGUCCUCUCUCCUCAGCCGUCUAGAUACACUGCCGACUCGAAUGGCGAACAUCUACUCUCCACCACGUUUCAAGUUCGACGUCCACGAGGUGUUCGUCACACUGGAAUCAAUUGCCGCAUUGAUCCAGUGUUGUGAAGUCUCUUUCGCGUCGGAUGAUCUUGAAACUACCUGGUCGGGCAUGGCCAUGUGGCUCACUAAGAUUCCGGAAUCCUUCAGGACAAUGGUAGGACAGGGUAUUCAAAUAGCACUAGUUGUUCUUGCUCAUUGGGCGCUCUUGGUCAAACGGGCGGAGAAUUGUGGUUGUUGGUAUCUAAGUGGCUGGGUAGAGAAAAUAGUGCAUGAAGUCCAGAAGAGCCUGCAGGCGGAAAGCGAAGCUGUUCAGGGCCUGGUUGCCGAUCUGCUAUGUUAAU